CAUGCCCAAGAAGGGGAAGCAUGCUGAAAUGGGAAAAGAGAUGCAGGCACAGUGUAAACGAGCAAAGGUGGACACAGAUCGUUCUCCAUCAGUCCUGAAUUUUGAAAGCCCAGACAGCCUCUUCGGCAGCUUGAUCUCUCCCAUCAAACAAGAAGUGUUUUUCAAGGAGUACUGGGAGCAAAAGCCACUUCUUCUUCAGAGAAAUGAUCCCUUGCUGGCUGCUUAUUACCAGUCCCUCUUCCAGUUGUCAGAUUUGAAGGAACUGUGCAGCCAGGGUCUUUACUAUGGGCGAGAUAUAAAUAUCUGCAGGUGUGUCAACGGCAAAAAGAAAGUUUUAAAUAAAGAAGGAAAAGUGAAUUACAUGCAGCUGAAGAAGGAUUUUGACCAGAAAAAAGCAACAAUACAGUUUCAUCAACCUCAGAGAUUUAAGGAGGAGCUGUGGAAGAUUCAGGAGAAGCUGGAGUGCUACUUCGGGUCCCUGGUUGGGUCGAAUGUUUACAUUACUCCUCAGGGGUCACAGGGCCUUCCCCCUCACUACGAUGAUGUUGAGGUAUUUAUCCUUCAACUAGAAGGCGAGAAGCAUUGGAGACUCUAUAAACCAACAGUGCAUUUAGCUCGGGAAUAUAAUGUUGAAUCAGAAGAGAGGAUUGGGAAUCCCACACAUGAAUUCAUAUUAAAGCCAGGUGACUUACUGUACUUCCCCAGAGGCACUAUUCACCAAGCUGACACUCCUCUUGGCAUCUCCUAUUCUACACAUGUGACCAUUAGUACCUACCAAAACAACUCUUGGGGUGAUUUCUUACUGGAUGCAAUUCCUGGCCUUGUGUUUGACACAGCAAAAGAAGACGUGGCAUUGCGGACAAGCAUACCAAGGCAACUGCUUAUGCAGGUGGAUAUAGCUGACUCGACAAAAAAACUGAGUAGCCUUUUGAGAAGGCUUGCAGACCGUCUGGAGAACACCAGAGAACUGAGAUCAUCUGACAUGAAGAAGGAUUUCAUUAUGAACCGGCUGCCACCCUGCUUGGGAUGCGACUCUGAUCCUUUGACUCCAGGUGGGAAAUUGCCCAAAAUAGAUAGCAAAAUCAGACUGCAGUUCAGAGAUCAUGCUAUCAUCACAGUGGAACCAGAUCAAGAACAUUCUGAUGAAAUUCGCAGAGAGAUGGUCUAUGUGUAUCAUUCUUUAAAGAACAAGAGAGAAUCUCACAUGAUGGGGACAGAAGAUGAUACUGCUAGCGAGGAAGGCACCACACAGAGUCACGGACUGCGGUUUCCUCUGUCGUACUUCGAUGCACUGAAGCAGAUUUGGAGUAGCAGCACUAUUUAUGUUAAAGAGCUUAACCUUAUCUCGGAUGAAGAGAAAGAAAACCUUGCCUUGUCGCUAUGGACUGAGUGUCUAAUUGAAGUUAUUUGAUGCUUUUGUGACUGAGCUGUUCAUGUAAGUAGUAUUUCUGGCCAUUAAGAAUCUCUUGAGAGAAAAGCUUAUUAAACUACUUUUUUUAAUCCA